AUGUUCCCAGCCAAGCCCGUCUCCUGGAAUAAGCAUCCCAUGCACUUCAACCCUCUGUUGAAGAUGAGUUGCCAUGUAGCUCGAAUUUCGGUUCUGAAAAGCAAAAGCAGCAACCACAAGAAGGUGGCUCCCCACGGCGCGAUGCCAACCGAGGCCUCGAAUCGCCGUGCGGAAAUGGCAACCAUGUUGGAUCAAGCAAUUGCGAUUUCCAGUAACUCACGCACAGAAAUAUCAAGCGCAGAGAUGUCUGUCAACGACAACUCAGGCACCGAAUGGGAGGUUGAGGCAGUAUAG